UCAAGUUAAUUCUUUUAGAAAUGUAAUACAAGAUCUUAUAGAUAAAAUUGAAAAAUGUUCAGAUUUUUCAUAUGAUUAUUUAAAAGUUAAUGAAGAUCAAAUCUGUUUUGAACAUUAUAUAAAUAUUGUUAAUUUUAUUGCAAGUCAAUCAUCUAAUAAUGAGAAAUCUGAAACUUGGAUAGAUUUAGGAGAUUUAAUAGAAAUAAGUAAAAUUAGUUUAAAUAAUUCUAAUAUACCAAUUGAUUAUUUACAAAAUUAUAAAGAAAAUGAUUUUAUAGAUUUAGAUUUAAAUAAUUUUUCAAAUAUAAAGAUAAAAAUUGUUGAAAAUGAUAUAAUCUUUAGCAAAAAAAGUUUUAACAAAUUAAUUGAUAUAAUUAUUAAUCAAACAAAUCAAUUUUCACAACAAAAAUCAUUUUCUAAUCAAUUACAAUUAUUAACAAAAACUUUAUAUAAAUAUGAAGAUAAAAAUAAUGAUUAUUUAUUAGAUUCUGAUUGCUUUAAACAACUAAUUGAAACAGAAGAACCUUAA